AUGUGUAUAGAUCAUUUCUCUAUUUCAAGUGAUCCCCAGCUGGUCAGCACCAUACUCUAUCAUGCUGCCAGAGAAUACCUGCCUUCCAGGAUUAGUCAUGAAAACAAGAAUCUUGGAGCGAGCAAGUUAGUAAAUCGUGAAGACAUAGAAGUGGGAAUCCAAGUUGGAGAAGCCGUCGAGGAUGUCUUCUCCGGUAGCGAGGAUGCCGGGAUCAAGAAGCAUAUGCUUCCUCUCUUGAGCUCAGAAUCCGGCGGGAGUAUCAAACCGAUAACCUUCUCAGUUAUCCAAGCUCGAGUUCUUGUCUUCAUGCUUCUUGUAAAAAGAUGGUCUUGGGGAAUGAGUACGAUGAUGAUAAUUUGCUUCCACAUAUUCCGGUUGAUGAUGAUCCACGUCCCCAAGUUGUCCCUCAAAAUGGUUUGCAUCAUUUACUCAAAGUUUAUUCACCAAUUUCACUUAAUGUUCUGCAUAGUGAUGUUUUUGGAACUCAGGAUAGUACAACUACAAAGGAUAUAUGGCCACCUGAGCUAUUGAUGCAGGAGGAAAUCGGACACAACUAUAGAAUUAAUUAGUCUAUGAUGUGGGGAUGUAAUUGGUUUGAUUUAAGCAAGAAAAGGAAGGGUCAACUACUCAAGAAAAAAAGAAGAGACCUUUGGCAAAUUGUGAUUUAGAAGAUAUUCUCUACCGAGUUGUCAACAUCCAUCAAGAGAAAAACCAAGAAGGAAAGAAGAAACUAUCGACAAAUCUCUUGAUUCAUCUUUUAAAGAAUUCUCAUAUUUAUAUUUACG